AUGUCAAUCUCAGUUAUGGCCAGGCCAUCUUAUAUACGAUCCAAUCAAAGUGCAUUACGGCGAUCUGAUCAACGAGAAAAGCAGAUUGAUAAAGAAAUUAAUGAUAUUUUAGGGAAACUAAAGAAUUUUUUGGGUGAUAUUCGUGAUGGACGACCAAGCAUACCCAAAUCAUCAUCCUUGUAUAAAUUCUAUUCGGAACGUCUUCGAACAUAUCUACUCGGUCUUUAUAUGACUCCAUUACCAUUAAUAGAUCAUAUGCGGGCACGACGUGAAUUAAAAUUAGUCAAAUCUAUACGACGAAAAUUAAACAGAUAUAAACUUAUCCUACGGGAAACAGAUAAAAGUGGUGUAUUUCAUAUUGGUCGUGCUAGUGAUUAUGAACGAAAAGCAAUUGAAUAUCGAGAAAAAACAGGUGCUUACGAAGAAAUAACGUCUAAUCCAUUCAAUGAUAUCAUCGGUGCUGCAACUCAAUUACUUAAUCAAUUAAAAUCAAUAAAACGAAUAAGUGAAUGGCAAAGAUUAAAAAUGAUGCCUGAUCGGAAAAAGACAGAAUUAGCUUAUAUGUAUUUUCUUCCUAAAGCACAUAAAAAAGGAACACCACUUCGACCGAUUAUUAAUACGAUACAUGCAGCAACAACAGCCAUAUCGAAAUAUUUGGAUCAAUCGAUUCGACCCUUAUUCGAUCGAUUUGCUCGUUCAACAACUAUUGUGGACGGUGUUGAUCUUCUUCUUCAAAUUCAGAAGUAUAUAGCGGAUGGUUAUUUUAAUUCAUCGACUCUCUUUAUUACCUUCGAUAUUUCGAAUCUUUAUACCAUGUUACCACAAGAAGAAUCACUGGCUAUUCUUGCUGAGUUUCUACAGAUACAUCAUUGUGAAAGAAUCAAUGGUAUGUCUAUUGAAACAAUUAUCAAAUUAGCUCGUCUUGUACUUCAAACAAAUACUUUUGUUUAUGGUAAAAAAUUAUAUCGACAAAUUAUUGGUGGUGCAAUGGGAUCGGCAUUUACAUUGACAUUGGCGAAUAUUUUUAUGUGGAAAUGGGAACGACAAGCCAUUCUGCCAAAAUUACCGUCUCACGAAUUCUAUGGCCGGUUUGUUUUAUUGAAAUUCUCUACGUAUACUUGAAAUCAGUUGAUUUAUUUUUUUCUCUU